GGGGGAUAUAAACAUCCAUCCCAUGCCCGCAUUCAUUCUCGGAGAAAGAAAGAAUCCUCCAACAAGCAAUACACCAAACACCAAACACAGAUAUAUUAUAUAGUAUAUAGAGUAUACUGAAAAUGUCCGGAUUCAUCCAUAAAGCCGAAGACGCGCUGCAUCUCCACCACCACCACCACCACAACAAAGAGCAUACCGAGCAUAAAGACCAUCCGGAAGCCAAGUCUCCUCCCUUAGCAGAAACAGGUCAUCCACAAGGCCCCCCUCCCCCUGGAAGUGAAGGCAAACACCACAACCACGGGCAGCAUCGCAGCAACGACGACAUCGCGCGCGAGGAUUUCCUCGCUGAUCGGGAAUAUGAUCGGGUUUUGAAGUCGCCGGAUCAUGGGCCGGGGGUGGGGUUUGAAGCUUAGAUAGUAUAUAUCUAUGGGUUGGGUUGGGGGAGGUAUUUGCUCGUGGUAAUAGAUGUUUUGUUUAGCUGGUGGUUAUACGGUUGGAAGAUACUUUGGGUUU